GCGAAAGUGCCGAUGAGAAUUGAACGGUCUUGUUUUCAUGUUCGUAUUAAACAUGGCGGAGACCGAGCAGCCGUCAGGCUCCUCUCAUGAGGAUGACAAGUCUCCCAGUCAUGUCAGCUUCAACUUUAUGGUGCCAAAGAAGGAAAUCAGUAUGGUCCCUGAUAUGGGCAAAUGGAAAAGAUCACAGUAGGCAUAUGCAGACUACAUGGGAUUCAUUCUAACCCUGAACGAAGGUGUGAAGAGAAAGAAACUUACCUGUGAAUACCAGGUGUCUGAGACAGUGGAGAAGUUACUCAAUAUGUUGGGAACGCUGGAUCGCUGGAUCGAUGAGACGCCACCAGUUGACCAGCCUUCUCGCUUUGGCAAUAAAGCUUAUCGCACUUGGUAUGCCAAACUAGACCAGGAGGCGGAGUCUCUGGUCACUGCUGUUCUCCCAUCAGACCGUCAAGAUGCGGCUCCAGAGAUAGCCGUGUACCUGAAGGAGUCUGUAGGCAACUCUACCAGGAUUGAUUAUGGCACAGGUCACGAGGCCGCAUUUGCUGCUUUCCUCUGCUGUCUUUGUAAGGUGGCAGCUUUGCACCCGGACGAUCAGCUGGCCAUCGUAUUUAAAGUGUUUGACAAGUAUCUAUGUGUGAUGCGCAAACUCCAGAAAACGUAUAGGAUGGAGCCAGCUGGAAGCCAAGGUGUAUGGGGUCUUGACGACUUCCAGUUUCUUCCCUUCAUAUGGGGAAGCUCACAGCUUAUAGACCACCCAACCCUGGAGCCCAGGCACUUUGUGGAUGAGAAAGUUGUAAACGAGUACCACCAGGACAACAUGUUUCUCGAUUGCAUUAAAUUCAUCAAUGAGAUGAAAACAGGCCCUUUUGCUGAACACUCUAACCAGCUUUGGAACAUCAGCGAUGUUCCUUCCUGGUCCAAAGUCAAUCAAGGUCUCAUAAGAAUGUACAAGGCAGAAUGUCUAGAAAAAUUCCCAGUCAUCCAGCAUUUCAAGUUUGGCAGCCUGCUUUCCAUCCAGCCAGUCAAACCGUGAGAGACAAGAAGAAUACACACGCUGUCAGUGAGCACCACCAAAACUCCCGACUUCAUAUGAAACCUCUUCAGUCCCACUCAACUCCUAUUUACAAACCGUAAUGUGCAUCUUCUACUCCAGAGGUACUUUGUUUUGCUCCUGAAGAUCUACUUUCCUCUAUAGUUCAAUUCCAACCCUGCUUUUAAUACACCCUAACUAUAAUUUUGGUGUGAAACCGGAGACCUUGAUUAACCGGUUCAGGAGUGGUUGAGUUGAACUAUAGUUUGCAGGUUCAGGUCUUCAGGUUCAAGAUGGAACUGCCCCGUUCCACAGAAUCUACAAGAUAUGCAUAUGACGUAGACCCCACCUCUGAUGGCGAUACCGCGCAAAUCCUAAUUGAUGCAAGUUGUUUGUAUAGCUUGUAUUCAUUGGAUCUGUUUCUUGCAAGCAGGAAGUCAAACUGCUCCUCAGACACCGUGAACUCUCUCGAUGCAGUCAUGCACACACAUUUUCAUCUGGAUUGGCAUUUAUAUUUAUGUAUGUGUAAGUAAAUAACAGAAAUUGUCACAAUGAAUGGUUUAAGGCUUGGUUUUGGUUUAUUGUGCAGGGUUCCAUUUUCAAAGAUCUGCAACAACUGAACAAAGAUGUGUGUCUCAGAAAGCACUUUUACUGAACCUAUUAGUGUAAGUUGUUGUUCAGUUAUCAGGCAUGUAUUGGCUGUAAAUGAUUUCGCUAAAAGUGUCAUUUUACCUGUGUAAAAAGACAAUAAGUUGUCAGCCAUUUACGUCUCACUUUAUUUUGCUAUGCCUAAUUCAUUUACAUUCAACUGAAAAAAGUACAACUGCAAAACAAUGGCAUUGCGUGUAUAUAUGUUACCGAAAGUUUUAGUUGAUACUGAGGGUUUAUAGUUUUUACAGUUAUUUGUAGCUAAUUCCGUAGACUUCUAUUUGACAGGUUAAAGCAAAAAAGCGAUUCAGCCAUCAUGCUAAAGUAGCAUGAAUUUUAUUUAAUUUCUAAACUGUGUUCUUUGUAAAUAAAUGGUUUGAACAUAUUUCAAAACCCGCCAACAAAGACUAUGAUCACUCUACAAAGAACAGUCAGUGGUUGAGUCUUUACUAAAAAUACAUAAACGGUCCAAAUCUUUUGAUACACGACUGCUUUAAGAAAUGGGAAAAAAUAAAUAAGAAUGCAAUUUUACGUAGACACGUGAUGAUGGAUGUCCUGGAUUACAAAUUCACACAGAUUACAAGUUUUUUUAAAAUGAGAGUAACGUUGAAACUAUCCAUUAUUAGGCCAAUCUAAACCCUGUUUAUUUAUUUUAAGGACCUGGGUUAAACAUUUCAAGAUCUUUCCUAGAGCCUGGAUGACUUUUUAAUUGUAGGAUAGAAGAUUACAGUGGAAAAAUAAAAUCUACAGUGCUUUUAUAAAGUGACAAAAACGUCUUGUCGGUGUUUAUAAAACAGUAUUUAUUUUACUCCGUAUAAAUCAUAUGGUAUUUUUCUGUUGUAACAAUCAUUUUAUUCUGCCUCCCUGACACAUUUAAGUUUUAACUUAAACCUUUUUUGUGGCUAUUUGCAGAGGCUUUCAACAAAUAACGUUGAUUCAACCUAACCCUUUUAUUUAAUGUAUUACCAAAUAAUUAAAAUGUGUUCCCUCAUUG